UGUGUUAUGAUGAGUUUGAGAAUAGGGAAAAAAAUAGUGUUUUAUAGCUUCCACUUUAAGACCUGUCAUUUGAUGGUGACUGGCAUUGUUCUUAUUUUGUGAGACAAAUCCAUAUGGCUAAGGGUUUGUUGCUUUGGCUUAUUUCAAAACAUGUAGCCCACAUUUGUCCCAUUGAUCAAUAAUAUAAGCCUCUUCUCAUUCAUGUAAUUGGAUUACCUUUUUACAGUCAUGUUUUAUUUGUAAUCCAAUAUUUAUCUGCUCUCUCUUUGGCUUGGCAUAAUGUAGCAUAUUCAAAGGUUCAUAAAAAUAUUAAUUAUGCACAAUGACGAAGCACCAAUAAAAAGGAACAUAAAAAUUGGGAGAACAGGUAUAUUCUCAUCUACCGGAUUGUAAGAUAUAAGAGUAACAACAUGUCAUUAUUCAAUACUGUUAAGAAGCUCCCACUAAGAUAGAGUUUGGAGGGAUGAAUGUACACAACUUUACCUCUGUAUUAAUGAUAAUAAAGUAGUUUCCGAUUAUUAACCAUUAGUAGAAAACAUUAUCUGCAAUUUGAAGUGCACAUGCUUUAUGAAUCAUAUUAAGUCUAUUGUAAUCUGAAACAAAAAAUUAUUAACAUCUAUCUCUAUUGAAAUAUUGAACAUAAGAAAUAAGAAUAACCAAAAAAAAAAAAAAUCAUAUUGCUAGAAAACAAAGUAAAAAAUAAAAAAAAUCAUAUUGCUAGAAAACAAAGUUUUAUUUCCAAGUUCUCAGCCACACAGCAAUUCUAAUGGAUUACUUAAGAAAUAAACACAUACCUUGUAGGGUACGUCACCAUGGUUCAACUUAAGUUCUGAAACAAAGUUAUAUCCAUCCUAUAUUGAGUUGAAUCCUGAAAAGGGAUUUCGUCUUAAUUGGAGCAAGUACCGCACUUUCUAGGCAACAUCAUGAGAUUGAAUCUCGUCUAGUCUCUCCUCCUCCAACCUACCCUGUAAUACGAAAAAAAGAAGAAAAAAGUUGAAACCUGAUUUUGUGGUUGUCAAAAGACUUCUAUCAAUUAUCAAACAACAAGUUGUCAAGAUUGGCCUACGAAUUGUAACUUCUGUAAAAAUGGUUACCUUAUGGAAAAGUACACCAGACAAAGCCACCUGAAUACCCACAUGGAUUUGCAUCCAAAAGACUUAAUCAAGGACAGCCAGCAAUGUGAUAUGUUCUCAGUUUGAAUCUAUAAAACUAAACAUAUUUCUCAAUCCUCAACCAAACACUUCUACAUCCUCAUCAUCACAAUUCACAGUUUAUUCUUAGCAACAUCUUCAUAAGAGCAAAAAGAAUACUUAAAUAUAUCAAUCGAUAAACUGACUACAAAAUGAUCAGUAUAAAGAAGCUAAUUAAAAUGGCUAGGAAGUGGCAAAAACUAGCAGUUGUGAGUAGGAGAAGAAUUUCCUGGUCAAGAACAGUCACAGAAAAGGGUCACUUUGUGGUCUACACAAGUGAUAAAAGACGGUUUAUGAUUCCUUUGGCGUACCUAAAAAGUGAGAUUUUCGUAGAGCUCUUUAGAAUGGUAGAGGAAGAAUUCGGAGUAGCAGCUUCAGGGCCAAUUGUGCUUCCUUGUGAUUCAAGUUCCAUGGAGUAUGCAAUGUCUAUCAUCCAGAGACAUGUAGCUGAGGAUUUAGAAAAGGCAUUGAUCAUGACCUUGAUCACCUGCAGUUAUUCUGCAUCAUCAAAUGACAUUCAUAAACAAGAUAAUCACCAAAUGUUGAUUUGUAGUUGUUAGGAACAUUACAUAGUCUUGUGUACAUUAUAGUUUUACAGAUAGUUCAUAGUUGUACAAUUUGACUUGAGAAAUUUAAUGGAAGUUCUAGAGCAAUAUUUUGACUAACACAAAUUCUUGUGAGAGACGAUCUCUUUGAGAGACCAUCCCUAAUUUGAUCAGUCCAUUAUCAUAUUUUAAUUUAAUUAAGCUUUAAUGGGUUGGGCCUGAGACCGGCUGUAACUAAAAAUUUUCUUGUGUUGGCAAUAAACGGCUCUUUGUCCCUUCGUGUUUAGGGUUAUGCUUGUAUUGGAAGUAUAGAAUUUAUGGGAAAAUAAAAGUUAAACUAACGAAAUAAGGUUAUUAAAGUAGAAAAUUAAGAGAAUAUUUUUGUUAGAGCAAGAAAUAGUUUUUAAGUAUUGGAGGAAAAAAAAAAAAGAAAAAUUAGUCUCCUUAUUUUGGCCGUAAAUAUUUACUCUAGUGGGAUGGAUGAGUUUUCUUAUUCUCCCAAAAAUAAGGAAGAUCACAACACGCAUAGACCAAUGCCAUUAACAACCUUCUUCAAAUUAUACUCUAACUUGGAUUUUGCUUUGUUUUGAAUUUGUUGAAGAAUGAAGACUUCCAUCAAAUGUGUACUCUCUCUGUCCCCCUUAUUUAGCGUUAUUUUCUAUUUUGAGAUAUCCUUUUAAUUUUGUAUCAUUCCUAUUUUUGGAAAGACUCACUACAUUCUUUUAAUCUCAUCAAUACAUUCUAACUCUCUUUUAAUAUCAUCCAUACAAUUCAAUCUUUCUUUUCAUUUAUUACGAAAUAUAUACCUUAUCCUUAAAAGUAACUCACUUUUUCUAAGCAUUAAAAUAAACACAUUGUGUUCUAGCACGACUAAAAUUAUAAUGCCAGAUAGAGAUAUCAUAAUAUAUGUGCUUGUU